UCAUUCGUUCAUCACUAAUGAAACAAAGUUGUCAAAGGCUAAUGUUAUCCCUUUUAAAAUCUUCAUUUAUUAUGCAUUUUAAUCGUGGUAUAAAUUCAGUUUUAAAAAUUAUAUAUGUUGGCUUAUGAACGCGCUAAAACUAAAAGUAUUAAUAACUAGAAAUAGAAAGGCUGCGAAGUAUUAAUUAUUAAGUUAGUAUUAGUAUAAGUUUUAUUUAUCAGAAGCUGGAGGUUGGGUUUAUUUAAAAAUAUUAUUAUUGGGUAAAAUUUGGUAUAAAAUGACCCCCAAAAGAUCAUUGAAUGAACUAUAUGUUUGUAAACUUACUUCUGUAGUUUAACUAAAAUAAACUACCACAAAUGACAUCCGAAUAGCAUUUGCACCCCUGUUUACCUUCAAACUUAAAAUUGUACAAUAUUUGACAAUAUCAUCACAAAAUCGUUAAAAACAACAUCUUAAUAGUAAAAAUAAAACAUAUAUAUAAUGUAUACACCUCAAAAUCGUACACUGUAUGCCAAAAUUGUAAAAGUAAACGGGUCUGCAUUUGGCACUUAGUUUAGUCAAUUAAGUGGAAUGCAAAGCAGGGGUCUCAAUUAACUCUCAAAUGGGGGGGGGGGGGGGUGGAAGGUGACGCAGGUGGUAGAGUCUGAAUGAGACUGGGCUGCAUCAAGUAUUCCACAAAAAGGCGAUUAUAAAGUCGAUAAAGUACAACUGUUACCAUCUGCUCAACCUUUAUUAAUAACAAAUAAAAACAUAUAAGUGUUCUCGAGAACUAGGCUGUACUUUCAAAGUCAAAGUUUCUUCUUCCUACUCCUUGUUACCUGGCAGCUGAGACCCACAGUAUAGCUUGAAGGGUAAUCUUGCAGUUCAGUUAUGCAUAUUAUUUCUGAUCGAAUUUCGUAUUAUUGCGUGUAAACUUAGACUUAAGUGUAUUCUUUAGAAAAUUUAGUCCAGACAGUAUUAUGUAACUCUAACACUAAAUAGUACAGCACUAACUUUUCUUUUUAUUGAUUUUUACAGCCCCCAUUGGUAGAUAUACAUAUUCCAUAGCGUAAACGAUCUCUCCAUUUUCUUGUUUUUUAAAAAUUCACCCUACUUGUCAGAUUGCAAUUUUAAUUUUUCAACUAUAAUCAUAUUUACUAAAAACGGGCCCCAUAAUUUGGAUGGUACCUAAAGGGCUUUUAAAGAUGUUCAUUUCCCCGAAUGCCAUCACGAGCAACACCGUCUAUAUUGGCUAGUUUUAGAAAAAAUUAAAAUUAUGAGUUCAUUAUCCUUCACUACCGGUUAUUAACUCAUUCCCUCCUGCAGUGCUACUUCCGUAUUUAAUUUAUUUGCCUGAGAAAGGGAAGUAACCCCGUUUUGAAAUUGUUUACAUUUUUUAAAAAAUGUAUUUAAGCUACUAAAUAUUAUUUAAUGUUAAUGAAUUAAGAACAAAUGCAACAAAAAAUUAAUAAGGUUUAAUAUAAAUAUAACAUUAGCGGGGAAAAAAUAAUGAACAAUGACCAAAAAAUCGAUUUUCGGCACCUCGGACGAACACAUGCUACAUAUAGACGCGCCGUACUUUAGCACACGUAGUUUUAAAGCGAAACAAGAUAAAAACUUCUGGUUUUUAAAUUAAAAUCACGCUGAACCACGCCAUCGCCGGAAGUCUCGAGGGAUGCGAGAUUUCAUUGCUAUUUUUAAAUAGAUAUGAGAGAGGUGUGUCGCUAUGCGCCGGGACGCAUUUGGACGCAUCCGGCGAAUCCCGAAAAGACGCAUUUAGUCGCAAACGUCGGGAAUGAGUUAAAUAUGGAUAAUAAAAUGUAUGUGUACUAAGUUUGAUCUCGUUCCAUUCACCCAUGCCCAUGCAUACACCCCUUAUAAGAAAAAAAUGAAUUUUGGGCCACAAUAAAAAAAAACGGAACAUCUAAUUAAGUUCUAGUUAAAAUUCCCCACCCCCUCCCCAUAUUUCAUUCUUUUUGUGAACAUGCCUACAGUUUGAAAAUUUCUUUUAGCAUACUAACUUAUAGAUGAUCAAAACUCAGCAACAGGGUAAAAAAAAUACAAAACAAAUGGAGCCAUGGAAGGUUGGGGGAUGUUCAAAGACGCUUUAGAAAUAAAAUAAAAAUGAAAUAAGUGCUGUAUACUUCAGUAUUAGUUAACUAUCACUGUCUGGAUUUAAAUUAAUGAAGAAUAUAUUAUGUAAGUUUAUAUGGGAUGGUACGAAAUUCGAUCACAAAAACUUUAGGCGCCUGAACUGCAAGAUUACCACUUGAAGAUGCUCAUCAGUAAGUUUGACCCUGAAUUUGACUUGUUAAAGUUCAUAUUGGAAAAGAGUUUUUCACACAGAUAGGUACACCCAAAAAGCCACAUGAUCCGCUUGAAAAAUCUGGAAAUCUCGGGGAAGGUGGACGGCUUUUCUCUCAUAAAUUGUCCAAGCAUGUCUAUUAUUCCAUUCACGUCCCUUAACUUUGCCUUGAGUUCAGAUGUUCAGUCAGCUCCAUUUGACCCACAAAUGUGUGUGUGUAUGUGAAAAAAAAAAGGGGGGGGGGGUGUUGCAUCUUCCACAUUGAAGGAGACAGGGUCAGCAAAAAUUUGAAAAGUUGCUCUGUGUGUUUUGAAAUCUGCAAACAUGUGCUCAAAUUCUGCCUGUAGCUUUGCAAUGGCAUCAGUAUACUUACUACUGAAUGGUGUGCUCAAGUACUCAUGAGGACUUUGCAUGUUGGGAAAUGGCAUGGGUUUCUCUAAGAACCAUUACACAAGUUUUGUGCAGAAUGCCCUGUCAUUGGCAACACUGACAAGCUACCCCUGGUCUUGAGUAAUUCAGCUCCUGUUUAAUGUCAACAAAAAGCCAAGACCAUGAGCCAUUUGGAAUCACUUAGAACAGGAACAACCACCCCAACCUUCUCCAUGAAGGCUUUGAAGGCUAAAACUUGUUCCAACGGCAAGCAGGAGCAGGCAAUAUUUAUGAAUUAUUGAUAGGAAGGAAGAUGCUAUUGUAGGUAGAAUGAAUUUUAAUUUUUUUAUCGUAGAAAAGGCCUUUAUUUGCUUAAACCUAUUUUGAAAGUGAUCAAGCUGAAAGGCUCGGAAUUUUAGCUGCAAUUUUAACAAGAGAUUCUUUGAUACUGUAUCAGAUUGCAACGAUUUAUACAAUUAUGAUUGUCAUUACUUGCUACUUUUCUCAAAACCGCACUUUGGCCAUGUUUGUCUCAUAAAAUGCUAUAAAAUAAAAACUUUUAGUCCGAUUUUAAAACGAUUUUCACCAUUAUAUUUAAUGUCCAAACCUAUACAAACAUAAUAAAAUCAGAGUUUGAUUAGUAGGUGAGAUUCGACUGAAACCGUUGCGGGGGGUCACAUUAUAGAUAUGAGAAUGGGACAACGCACGGCCUGUAAAAUAUCGUCUUGCUGUCAGGUAUCGGCCUGCAAAAUAUCGUCUUGCGGGCCGUAAAUGGCCCGCGAGUUUGAGGCCCAUGGUCUAAAGGGACCUGGCCACACAUAACCACUAUUCGGAGCGGGUCCCUUUAGACUAUAUACUAUUUGGAUGUCAUUUGUGGUAAUUUAUUUUAGAUAAACUGAAGAAGUAAGUUUACAAACAUAUGCUCCAUUCAUUUAUCUUUUGGGGGUGAUUUGAUACCAAAUUUUUUCUUACAAACCCAACAAUAUUAUUUAAAAUAUUUUUUAAUCCCAACCUCUCAUUUCUGAUACCCAGGUCCAAAUAGCCACUUCAUACUAAAAAUAGUAAUACUAAUAGUCAAUAGUGUAUAACGAUUAUAGUUUAAUAGUGGUAGUACUAACAAUAGAGUUCAAUAGUUGGUCAAUAGACAACUUAGUCGACUACUACUGCUACUACAGUAACAGUCUAUGACAUGAACCUUUGCAUAAUAAUAUUAAUAAUUCUAAAAUUUUAAAGUAUUAAUAAUACUAUUAAUAGACAUUACUUACUAAACAGCUAAUUUACAAGAGUUAAUUUUACAUUUUUUUAAUAGUAAAAUGUAGAUGGAAUGUUUCAAAUUAAUAUUUCUUUGGGUGGUUAAUUAUAUUAUAUAACUAUAACAUUUAAAAAUUUAUCAAAAAGUUAUUUUAUUUAGUUUUAAUGUUUUGUUCAUAAUUUUUGUUUCUCUUUAUAAGUAGCUAAAACAGCACAUUCUCUCUCCUUCCCCUCCCUAUUUUAGCAGACGUAUUUUUGCACUACUUUUCUUUUUUUUUUUUUAACACAGCCACUAUCUUGGUUGCCAUGACAACCCUGCUAACAUGGUGGCCAGGGGAAAUGAGUGGCCACUGAAUGUAAAUUACCAUUUAAAUCCUAAAGUUGAAUUGCCUCCAGAAUUAGAAUGGCUUUGUUUUCAAUAUUAAGUGUGUUUUACAUGUGUUUGUAAUCGCUAACUAUGAGGCAGAAUGAAUAUAACUCUCACAAGACUUAAUAACAGUUAUAAAUAAAAGGUGAGCAUUUUUUUUUAAUUUAAAAGACCAGGACAUUAUAAAUGUUCAAAUUUAAAAUUAUGACACAUAAUUUUGUCAUUAACUCUGCCUUUGCUGUUCUCUUUUAAAGAGGAAAAAAAAAAUUAAAGUUUUGUUGUUUAAUUAUUUUAUUUAUGUCUGAAUAUCAGAUGUAAUCAAUAUAAUUAAAUGCAUGUUUAGAUUUAUUAAAACGUCAUAAUUAUAAUAAAAUUUACUUAUCUUUCUCCUCCAGGCCUAUAGGUUUUCUAUAAACUGAUAGAAACACAAGAUAAAAUGGUGAAGGAUUUAAACAAUUUUAGGACAAAAUGUGCCAUAUGUUGGCAAACCUUGCGCCCCAAGAGUCCACUUCUACAUGGAACAAAAUGUAACAAAUAUGAAAUAAGGGAAAAACUAAAACUUCUCUUACCGCCACAGGAUUUCAAAAUACUUUAUGACGAAAAAGUUUUUAUCAAUCCCAGAUUAUGUAACAUCUGUUUUGUAACAAUUCGAAAAAUUCCCAAAACGAUAUCAAAAGUUCAGAGCCUUGUUGGAAAGAAACUCAACAUCAAACUUUAUAAACCUUCUAGAGCAGAGUGGAUAGCAAAACCUGCUGAUUCAACUAGUCUAUCAGAUAGAAGAAAUAAAUUAAAACUUACUCAAGGGUACAAAUUUAAGUCGUCCGCCCAAAGCAACAAAUUAUCACAACAUGAAACGAGUAGACCCACGAUUUCAUAUACUACUCCUAAUAUUGAAAACAAGAGAACUGUGUUACCCCCAGAAGUAGAGUCUUUAAUCUGUAAUAGUAAUGGAAGCUUCGAUCAAGCUUUCGAGACUAUUGACAGACAUGAUGAAGAGGAUGAAAAUGAGAUUCAGUCUGCAAGUCUCUACAGCUUCACCAGUGAUAAUUAUCCAAAUGAUAUUAAAGCAACCAAUUUUCCAAAGGAGAGUGAAAGUUCAGGUAAAUUCAUUAUGACCAUGAUGUUCAGCAGUAGUUUAUAAAAGACUAAAUCUGCUUCAAAAAUACUUUGAAAAUAGCUGAAACAGUUUUUGUAGUAUUAUAAGAAGAUUCUUUGAUUGAUUCAAACAGCUAGAAAUGUUAUUUUGAUACUAUGUAAAUAUUCAUUUUCAGCAGAUAAAUAAACAAUUUAACACUAGACAUUUUUAAAAAAAAAUUUAAAAAAAUUAUUUCUCAAGUGCAAAACUCACAACUCUCAUUUGCCAUGGAACUCUCUCAGUUAGUAACACUAGUGACUUUAAGAGUGAUUAUUUCGAUGUUAAAAUUUUAUAUUAACAAUUCCUGAAAAAUAUAAGCUUUGCAGAACUAAUUUCAUGACAUAAGAAAAUUAUGUUUGUCUUUUGAAAUUUAUUAUUUUUAAAUUUCAGGACUGGUAGGGCAAGAGAAAAAUGAAGGUUUGGCUUAUGAAUCAUCAGAGCAUGAGAAACUGGCUAAAGAGUCUUUACAGAAAUCGGAGCAAAAUUUUAAUACGUCGGCCAAUCCCUCCAGUGACGUAAGCGAUAAGACUAAACGUUUUGGCAGCGGCUCAAGCAGAAGACUUAGAAAAACUUGUGCUGCCUUAUUUACUGAAAGAACUCUAAAAGUACAGCCUCAGAGAGAAAGUAAACGCUUAGCUGUGCUAAGAGGUUGGAAGAGAAAAAAAGAGGCUUCAGAAAGUUCAGACUCUGGGCUUACUUCUGAUGUGUCAGCGUGCGAUGAUAACUAUAUCCCACCUUCAACCAGUUCUGGCAAGUCUAAGGCGUUAGAUAGUUCUGAAGAGGACUUCAGUAACGCGAAGGCAACAAAGUUCAGCAAUAAAAAUAUAAAUAAUAAAAAGUCCACCAGAAAAACUCAGCUUGAGAGGCAUAAAAAUAUUAAACAGUUUGAUUCCAAAUCCAAGAAAUUAAAACCUGAAACCAGGGCUGCAAGGAAGAAACAUGAAAGUGAAGAGUCAGCUGUUCAUGGUAUGUAUGAUGAACCUAAAACAGCAAGGGAUGCUUUGAAAGUAGAUAUACCUAAAGAGUUGAGUGCAAAUUCCAAAUCUAAACUGAGAGAACUUGUCCAAAAGGUAAGGAACAAUCUUUCUUUAUUUAUUUAAAUUUAUUUUAAAAAGACUAAUUAUUUACUGUUGUCAUAAAAUUAUUGCAUCUACUUUGUAGCUUAUGGUUAUUCUGUGAAAGAUAUUGAAAGCUCUAAAUGUUGAUGUAUAUAAUAAUGUCGAUUUUAAAGAAAAAGGUAUUUUAAACUCGGUCCCUUCAGUCUUUAUGGGCCAUCAGAUUCUUGAAGCAAUAGUCGAAGAAUGCCACUUCUGUCCAUGUGCUGUUUCUAAAGAAGUUGUCUGCAGAGUUAGGUUUCUACUCUGGAAAUUCUUUUGUUUGAUCCACACCAAAUGCAUUUGUUUGUUCUAUGUCAGAUGCUUUCUUCAGUGAAGCUUCAGUUACUUUUCCCUUUUCCCUAUUUCUGUCAUUGAAAGUGAAAUAUAAUUGAAUAAUUGGUUUUAAAAAUUGUUGAGGAGAUAUGUGUGCAUGUUGAGAUAAUAGCAAAUCUGGUCUUCAUAUUUCAAUCAGUUGCUAAUAAUAUUUCAGGCCAAGAAGUGUAUCAGUGAAAAGAAGAAGAACAUGCCAGAACGGAUAAUGAUAAAGUGCAGCAUGAAUAACUGUGAUCAUUUUUAUCCCCUCUGGUCUCAUAUGGCUGUACAUUUAAAGUAUUAUCAUUAUGGUAAGUGAUUAAUUUGGUCGUCCUAUUCUGUAAAUAUAUUCUCAGAAGGCUUAAUUCCAGACAAUAAAUUGAAAUUUGUCUGGUGCUGAAUGGUGAAUAUUUAGACAAUUUUAGGAUGAAAUGUGCUAUUUGUUGGCAAAAACUCUGCCUCACUGAAUUACUUAGUACAUCAAUUAAAGUUAACUUUCGGAUUUCUUAAUUUUAUGGGCUUAUUUUACAUAUGUUAUGGGAAAUAUUUCAGUUUUAAUUUACUUUCAGCGCAUACUUAAUUAUAUGUUACAGAUUUUUAAAGCUAAUCAAUUAACACCUAGAUAGUUUCAGCCACCUAAAUAAAUCAAAGGAUAUUCAUUUUGUUUUUUGUGUCAGAUGGUGCAACAAAAGAGGAAAGUGAUUUUGCGCAGAAGAUGUCUAUGUUAGCUGAAAAUGAUGAACUCGACAAAGGUAAAUAGAAAUGUGGUAUUUUUAAUGCGCAUUAACUUGGAGCAUGCCUUGACCAGAAAAAAUACCCCAACAAAAAUAUAGGUUCAACUCUUGAAUAUUUUUUAAAUAAAUUUUUUUUUAAAUGUUUGUUAACUUUGUUGCAUAUGCGCUGGUAGAAUUUUCUUUCACAUUAUUUGUAUGUGUAUGCUAGGGUGGUUUACAACAUGUGACUAUAAUGAAAUUCAAACACACUCUAAUUUCCCUUUUCAUGUCAGUAGUCCCUGCACAAAAUAUCAGUUCAGAUGCACUUCAUUUAGUACUGCCUGACAGCCCUCUAAGAUUAGCCCAACACUCGUAAAUGCCCAUAUUAUUGUUAAAUUAAUUUAAUAUAGCUAACUAAUUGACGUGUAAAUACUGCCUCACAGUAUAUUGUGAAUGGCAUUUAUAGAGCCAAGUGGUCCCAGUCAGCAGUUGACUAUUAGUUCUAUGUUAUACAAACCUUAUUCAAAAAGGGAAAAACUGUUUAGAGUUCCAAAGGUUGCUAGUGAAGCUGAAUAACAAUUUUCACAGUCUGUAUUUAACACCAUCACUGAGCAGGAACUUCAGAAUAGAGUGUUUGCUAUUUCAUUUACACAACAGCUGCCAAUUCAUGACCUAUGUUAUUCGACACAACAGCUGCCAAUUCAUGACCUAUGUUAUUUGACACAACAGCUGCCAAUUCAUGACCUAUGUUAUUCGACACAACAGCUGCCAAUUCAUGACCUAUGUUAUUUGACACAACAGCUGCCAAUUCAUGACCUAUGUUAUUUGACACAACAGCUGCCAAUUCAUGACCUAUGUUAUUUGACACAACAGCUGCCAAUUCAUGACCUAUGUCAUUUGACACAACAGCUGCCAAUUCAUGACCUAUGUCAUUUAACACAACAGCUGCCAAUUCACGACCUAUGUCAUUUGACACAAGGGCUGCCAAUACACGACCUAUGUCAUUUGACACAAAGGGCUGCCAAUACACGACGUUUGUCAUUUGACACAACAGUUGUCAAUACAGGACGUCUGAAUGGUUCUUGUAUUUUUUUGGCAAAAUAGGCUGACCAAAAUGUCGCUAUUGUUGCCAUGCAGAUAACAAAUUCUAGAAGUUCUUUGGGGAGAUUUACUCAAAUCCUUAUUCGGCUCAACAUCAGGCCACAAUGUAUUGACUUUUAAGAGAUUUUAAGACUAUUGGCAAAAUAUAGGCAAGUCAAAUUAUGAAACGUGAAUAUGUUAAGCUACAUCAAAAUAAUAUUGGUGCUUAAAAAUCAAGCCAUUGAGUUUGUACUAAAAGUUCUGCAAAAUAAGCCUAACACUCUACCUCAAGAUGACUAUCUGGAACUUUUAGAGUUGACACUUAUGUUCUUAGGAAAAGUACCUCCACAUUUGCUGCUGGUGUCUUCCACCAUGCCUGUUAGAUGUUAAAGCUGUUCUAUGUGCCUACUGCCAUGUUGGAUGUUAAAGCUGUUCUAUAUGCCUAAUGCCACGUUGGAUGUUAAAGCUGUUCUAUGUGCCUACUGCCAUGUUGGAUUUUAAAGCUGUUCUAUGUGCCUACUACCAUGUUGGAUGUUUAAGCUGUUCUAUGUGCCUACUGCCAUGUUGAAUGUUAAAGCUGUUCUAUAUGCCUACUGCAAUGUUGGAUGUUAAAGCUGUUCUAUGUGCCUAAUGCCAUGUUGGGUGUUAAAGCUGUUCUAUGUGCCUACUUCCAUGUUGGAUGUUAAAGCUGUUCUAUGCACCUACUGCCAAGCUGGAUGUUAAAGCUGUUCUAUGUACUGAAAAUGUACAUAUUUCGAACAGACAAACAAGAUACUUCUUAUGCCACUUGUAAUGAUCUCACUAUGAUGUUAUCACUUCAGAAUUACUAUUCUACUUCAAAUGCUGGUUAUUUGAACCACCCUACAUACCCAGUUGAUCUAUGAUUAUUUGAACCACCCUACAUACCCAGUUGAUCUAUGAUUAUUUGAACCACCCUACAUACCCACUUGAUCUAUGAUUAUUUGAACCACCCUACAUACCCAGUUGAUCAAUGAUUAUUUGAACCACCCUACAUACCCACUUGAUCUAUGAUUAUUUGAACCACCCUACAUACCCACUUGAUCUAUGAUUAUUUGAACCACCCUACAUACCUAUUUGAACUAUGUUUUUUAAGUUGGAGUAUUGAAAGAUUACUUUUGAAAGAUUCAUUACAUAUACUCGUGACUUUAAUUUAUUUCAGAAAUGUAUCCUUUUAAAUGUCGCCACAGAGGUUGUGAUCUAGCUUUCACAAAUCAAGAAUUCCUACGAGUAUGUAAAGAGUUAUGUUUAUUACAUAUUUAUUCAAAUUAAGUCGAUUCAUAAUCUUUUUAAUUUCUAUGAACAUUGUUAUUAAGGCACUAGAGCGGCUGCCGCUUGAUAAUAAUGAAUUGUUAUCUAAUCUACAGGAACAUAAACUGGUUCAUGGCACAGACCUGGUUUAUGUAUGUGGUUUUCCAGACUGCACCAAAGCUUUUAAACUUCCACGAUCCCUUCAUAUACAUAUUCGCUCACACACAGGAGAAAGGCCAUUCCUAUGUGAUGAACCUGCUUGUGGAAAGAGUUUCAAAGACAGCAAGGAUUUAACUAAGCACAGAUGUCGACACACAGGUAAAAAAAACAAAUGUUUGCUGUCUGUUUUGUGAACUGUGCAGGCCCAACUGUGUCGUACUUUGCCUUUAGCGCACUGCAGCUCUAUUUGCUCCAUCUGCAAAUUUACAGGUGCAAUUUCCACAACUAUGACAAAUAGGUUACCAAAUAGCUUGAAAUUACUUUUCUGUGCUUCAAAUUCACUGAAGUGCCAUGCAAACAUGGCGCGAAGUAAGCUAAGUUUUUCAGCAAAGUGUGCAUUGGGAAACACCAUAGCGUUGACUUGGAUAUAAUUAUACGCCGGUCAAGACCUCGCUGGCCUGAUAUGAUUGUACAGCAGGCCUGAUGUGGCCCGCGGGCCUUGAGUUUGACACAUGUACUGUAAUAUAUAUGUUUUGGGGGGGGGGCGGCUUAUGAGAUAGUGCUAAGAGAUUUUUAUAAUUUUCUUUACGUACCUUAUGAAUAAUUCAAGACUAUGAUGGAAAAAGUAUUUAACUGAAGUCACUGUAAAGCUGUGUGCAAUAUUAGUUUACAAGAUUUGUUCUCAUUUUAUGACUGUCGUGAUUGGCUAUUUUUAGAAAGUAUCAAGGAUCUAAAUGGAAAAAUGAAAUGUCAGAUUGUCAUAUUUAUUAGAUUGUAGAAGCAUUUUCAAUCUAUUUUUAGAAAGGUCAAAGGAUCUCUCAUUUUGAUAAGGUUUGAUACCAGCAUCUGACCUACAUUUAAUACCAGUUACUAAACAGCAUAAUGUAAUCUGCACUUAGGCGAACUGAGAUUUUUAGCUGAAAACAUGCAUGGAAAGACAAGGCAACCACAUACAUUUUUCUAAGCUGCGAGUACCUGUGAUGUACAUUAUACAGUAUGUUAAUUACCGUAUUUAUUAGCGUAUAACGCGCCCCCGCUUAUAACACGCACCUCAAUUUAAGAAGGAAAUUUCAGGGAAAAAAAAACUAAACAUUAUAUCGGCGUAUAACACGCACACAUCAUUUUCCCCCUAUUUUCAGGGAGAAAAGUGCGUAUUAUACGCCAAUAAAUACGAUAGUUUUUAAGUCUUUCACUUACACAUAUUUAAGUUAAAAUUCUGGAUUUUUAAAAAAAAAUAUAAAAAUGUAAAAAGUAUUAAUAACACCAGCAUAUUAUUUAAUGAGGUCGGCAUACAAGCAGGUGAUACACUGACAGACACUUUUAAGGCUCUCGUCUGCCAACCCUCAGCUUAUGAACAAACAGGAUUUAGAACAAGUACAUACAGUAAGUUUGUAGUAAGUCAUCUUACAUGGGACAAUCAAUAAUUAUGUCUUAUACCAGAAGAAUACAGAUCUGAUGGUAGGCUGUUCAAUAUCUCCUGCCUCUGUGCAAAGACCAAGGUUAAAAAGGUGCUAAAAUCAUGAACUGUUGUUUGCUGAUGAUGACAUCUUAACAUGGCACACAGAAGAAGGUCUUCAACAGUUAGUUAAUCACCACUCCCACUCAUGUAAAGAGUUUGGACUGACCAUUAGUCUAUAAAAAAAAUUGUCUUGAUGCAAGAAGCACAGUCCCCUCCAAAAAAUAUCUAUUUAUGGCCAUCUGUCGGUAGUUGAUAAUUUUUACAUACCUUGGGUCCAAUAUCUCUAGUUCACUCUCCUAUAUGGCAGUGAUGAGUGCAGCACAUAUGCCAGUCAUGAGUGGAAGCUCAACAGCUUCCACCAAAGAUGUCUGCGGGGCAUUUGGAACAUUAAUGGCAGGCCCAGGUGCCUAACACAGUUGUUUCAGAGCAUGCCUAAUGUAUAACAUGUUCUCUGCUCUUAGCAAGAGGUGCCUUCGCUAGUUAGGCCAUGUACGGAGAAUGGAGGAAGGUACCUUCAGUAUGGAGAAUUAGCAGAAGCGGCAAAACUAAUUGGACGGCCGUGGCUACAGAUUUAGGGAAAUUUUGCAAAAGGAUCAUGAGGGAAGCCAAUACAGAAUUCAACGAAUGGUGAACAGCAGUAUAUGAAGGAGUCAAACAGCAGUGUAUGAAGGAGUCAAACAGCAGUGUAUGAAGGAGUCAAACAGCAGUGUAUGAAGGAGUCAAACAGCAGUGUAUGAAGGAGUCAAAAAGCAGUGUAUGAAGGAGUCAAACAGCAGUGUAUGAAGGAGUCAAACAGCAGUGAAUGAAGGAGUCAAACAGCAGUGUAUGAAGGAGUCAAACAGCAGUGUAUGAAGGAGUCAAACAGCAGUGUAUGAAGGAGUCAAACAGCAGUGUAUGAAGGAGUCAAAAAGCAGUGUAUGAAGGAGUCAAACAGCAGUGAAUACAGGAGUCAAACAGCAGUGAAUGAAGGAGUCAAACAGCAGUGAAUGAAGGAGUCAAACAGCAGUGUAUGAAGGAGUCAAACAGCAGUGAAUGAAGGAGUCAAAAAGGCAGAAGAUGGGCGCAAUGAAUCCUUUGGAACAAAAAGAGAAUUACGCAAGGCAUAACUUAACCAGGAGUCAAGGUUCUGCAAGAAAUGCGGCAGAGACUACCAUUACAUGAUCAGCCUCAUAAGGCAUUUGAUGAAGUGUCAAUAGCUAUUCCAUUGUUCUGCAAAGACAGAAGGAUGACAUUUGGAUAUAUACAUAUAUACCAGAUAAAUUAAAAUGAACAGACAUAUUAGCAAAGAAAUUUUUUAUUAUUAUUUUUUUUUUUUUCAUUCAACAAAAUGGUAAUUCGCUGCUUUAAUUACUAUUAUAGCUCGAAGAUAAGUUUACACUCUCUAAUUACAGAACCUUGCACUCUAAGACCUAAUCAAUCAUAUCAUAUCUAAUGUUAUGAGUAUACUAAUUGUAACUUGUUCUCUUUCAUUCCCUCCCACCCUCUCCCUUCUUAUCUCUCUGUGUUCAUGCUCAGUUGACCACAUAACUUCCAUGCUUGUCAACAGCCAUGUCAUCUUCAGGCGAAAAAACGCACAAGUGUACAGUUGAUGGGUGCACCAAAACAUUUUUCACCAUCUCAGAAAGGAACAGUCACAGAGCCACUCACACGCAGAGCAAAAUACUGGGCUGCGACAUUUGUGGAAGGUUAUACAAAAAUGAAAAGUGUCUGCUUCGACAUAAACGUAGAAUUCACGGCAGUGAGUGAUCUUUUUUGCAAAUAUCACCUAACAACUAAAUGUUACUGCAGGGUAAAGAAAGGGUUAUUUAACUGGCUAAUUCUCAACUCAUAAAAUUUGUUACGUAUUUUUGGGGUUACUUUACUGGGACAUCAGCUGUUUUAAUAUUAAACAAAUGAUGGUUAAAGGGAAUUAACUUAGUGUAUCUGUCAUAUUUAAAAGCAAGAUAUUGCAUCAUUUGAUUUCAAAAGGAGCGGGCUUAUAUUGUAUUGUAAAGAAUGAUGAAUCUGAGAACUCUGGUCUUACUUUUUUUAAUUGUUAUCUUAUGCAGUGGGCACACCUGGCUGUUAUAAGUGUCCUUGUUAUCUUAUGUAGUGGACACACCUUGCUGUUUUAAGUGUCCUUGUUAUCUUAUGUAGUGGGCACACCUGGCUGUUAUAAGUGUCCUUGUUAUCUUAUGUAGUGGGCACACCUGGCUGUUAUAAAUGUCCUUGUUAUCUUAUGCAGUGGGCACACCUGGCUGUUAUAAGUGUCCUUGUUAUCUUAUGUAGUGGACACACCUGGCUGUUAUAAGUGUCCUUGUUAUCUUAUGCAGUGGACACACCUGGCUGUUAUAAGUGUCCUUGUUAUCUUAUGCAGUGGGCACACCUGGCUGUUAUAAGUGUCCUUGUUAUCUUAUGCAGUGGGCACACCUGGCUGUUAUAAGUGUCCUUGUUAUCUUAUGUAGUGGGCACACCUGGCUGUUAUAAGUGUCCUUGUUAUCUUAUGUAGUGGGCACACCUGGCUGUUAUAAGUGUCCUUGUUAUCUUAUGUAGUGGGCACACCUGGCUGUUAUAAGUGUCCUUGUUAUCUUAUGUAGUGGGCACACCUGGCUGUUAUAAGUGUCCUUGUUAUCUUAUGUAGUGGGCACACCUGGCUGUUAUAAGUGUCCUUGUUAUCUUAUGUAGUGGGCACACCUGGCUGUUAUAAGUGUCCUUGUUAUCUUAUGUAGUGGGCACACCUGGCUGUUAUAAGUGUCCUUGUUAUCUUAUGCAGUGGGCACACCUGGCUGUUAUAAGUGUCCUUGUUAUCUUAUGUAGUGGGCACACCUGGCUGUUAUAAGUGUCCUUGUUAUCUUAUGUAGUGGACACACCUGGCUGUUAUAAGUGUCCUUGUUAUAUUAUGUAGUGGGCACACCUGGCUGUUAUAAGUGUCCUUGUUAUCUUAUGCAGUGGGCACACCUGGCUGCCAUAAGUGUCCGUAUAAUGGAUGCGAGGAGUCAUUUGUCAAGAAGGAAAAGUUAGAGAUUCACCUUUGUAGCCACUCACCAGAGAGACUUCUGUUCUGUGAGAAAUGCGGCAAAAAGUUCAGUUGUCAGAGAUAUCUGGAUGUACACUAUAAAAUACAUUUAAGUAAGUGGAACGUACAAAUAUAGAUCUUCAUUUACAUUGAACCCAACUAAAUUCAAGUAAAGUCAUUCAAACUUUGCUCCAAAUGCAGUCAUAAUUUUAGGUCAAGGGGAAAAUAUAAACAAGUAAAUAAAAAAUAACUUAUUAUUUUAGUAAAGUUAAUCUUUUCAGAGAUUUUUUAAAUAUUUUCAUCACAAAGUAUGCAAUGAUAAUACAGUUGUAAAAUAGAAAUAUUUCAAAAACAUAAGAGAGCUAAAGAAAUUAGAUACAGACAUAUUACUUUGUUUCUGUUAACAAAUUUGUUCAAAUAUAAAUUUAUUUGACAAAUCUUGAAGGUUUGUUUUCUUUUGGUGAGACCAACCACUUAUUUAAACACCCCACCUUCAAGUCUGAGAUCAGAUGCCCUACCAUUGUGCCGUAGGGCCACCCUAAGAUCUAUUCAUUUUAAUGAAAACAUAUUUAUGGCACCAUUUAAUUUUUCAGAAAAUGAGACUCAUGCAGCCAAUCCUCCAUCUCGAACAAUUCCAUGUGAAUAUCUAGGCUGUGGAAAAAUGUUUACGACUCGUGGAAACAUGAAAGCCCAUGUUCUGAACCAACACAAGGGCAGAAAACCUAAAGCUCUUCCCGGGGUCUUCUUUUCCUGUGCUGUGGAAGGUUGUGGGAAACGGUUUUCAUUCAGAUCGACGCUGUAUCGUCACAACAAGCUAGUGCACAAAGGUGGUGAUUACAAAUUGGGCCGUGAACUUGUCAAAUAUUUCUGUAAUUACGAAGGGUGUUUAAAAGAGUUCAAUCGUAAAACUUUGCUGGAGGAGCACAUGGUGAUGGAGCAUGGGAAAACACCCAAGAGAUUACUCCCCUUAAGGAACAAAGAGCUGGACUUUAUAGAGCGCAUUUGUGUUCACUGUGGAAUGGUUCUUACAAUUACACAGCUUCCUAGGCAUGAGGAGGUUUACCACAGUGAAAAAGCAAUUAGUGAAAUGAAGGAAGUAAGUAUUAUAGCUAGGUAUUUCAAAUCAGAGCUGUUAGGCUCUAUUAAGAUGCAAGCAAAGUUUGAACAUUGGCCCCCAAAACAGGGUAGACAUUUUUUGACUGGACUUUAUAAAAUAUUUCCUGUUGUUUCUGGACAAUUCUAAUUUGUACUGAUUGUAAUGUAAUUGAAUGCGUCUUGGGUGCAACUAUAUUAUUGAACGACCAUCAUUAUAACUUAUAGAAUUGCAGAGAAACCAACCUAUCAUUGACUUGACUUGAUUUUUUAAAAAAAUAAUUUAAAUAAACAAGAAAAAAAAAAAUCUUGAUUCUUAAAUAAGUAUUCGAUAUUUCAGACUUCUCCAUAUCCUUGUCACUUGAAAGGUUGUGACCAAUUAUUUAAUGCAAUAGAAGAUAGGAAGGCGCAUGUAGAAACUCACAUAGGUCAGUUCUUAUUUGUUUGGAUUUAUUAUUUAGUUGAUUUAUAAAUUGGUCUUUAUUAUCAUUCAACUUAAACCUAAGGUCAAAUCACUUAUUUGCUGAAAAACUAAAACCAAGAACACAAUUAUUACAUUAAUAAAAAGAAUGAAAUUUAUAAAUUUAUGUUUGGAAUUUCAAUGCUUUUUAUAAUUCUAAUAUUUCAUUUUAAUAUUAUUUUAUUUCUUCAGAUUACCCACCAUUUACAUGCUGUGUAGGAGAAUGUAAAGAGACAUUUUACUUAGAGAAAAAUUUAGACAACCAUUUGUGGAACCACAGCAAGAAACAGUCUGUGUGUGAAUAUGAGGGCUGCUAUAAACAGUUUGAUGAUCAGCUGGAAUUGGCCAAACAUAGCAAAGUUCACUAUGGUAAGAUUAACAGGAGUUGAAAUGUUUAGUUAGUUUCAUUUAAAUAAAUCAACUACUACUAUAUAUGGUAUUGCUCCAAAGCCGUGUGAACUCUCUGCAUCUUAUUUCAGCAAACAAGAUGAAAUGUCCUUGGUGUCAACUCUCUGCAUCUUAUUUCAGCAAACAAGAUGAAAUGUCCCUGGUGUCAACUCUCUGCAUCUUAUUUCAGCAAACAAGAUGAAAUGUCCCUGGCCAAACUGUGAUAACUGGAUCAGUGAAAACAGCCAUUUAAAACCGCACUUCAUCGCUCACAGCCGAACACUGAGGGCCAACUUUGACUCUGACUUUGUAUGUGAGAUUUGUGAGCUGACCUUUAAAGGAAAAUGGGGUUUGAUGAUUCACAAGAGAUUGCACGGAGAUGAUGCAGCAGGUUUGUUUAUAACUCAUACUUAUAUAUAUAAAUAUCAACUUUACCUCAAGGGUUAGGAAUUUAAAUAUUGUUUAAAUUAUUAAAUUAAUGUGAACAGAUCUUGCGGGGAAGGUUUAAAUUAUUGAAUUAAUGUGAACAGAUCUUGCGGGGAAGGUUUAAAUUAUUGAAUUAAUGUGAACGGAUCUUGUGGGGAAGGUUUAAAUUAUUAAAUUAAUGUUAACGGUCAUUCAGGGAACAUUUAAAUUAUUGAAUAAAUGUAAACAGAUAAUGCGGGGAAGGUUGGCAGUGACUAGAACUACAACAGUUUCUGGCAUAUAAUGUCAGCUUUUCUAAUAUUAAAGAAAGCUAGACUCGCAAGAUAUUUCGAAAAUUCAAAUUAUUUUCUAUUUAUCCAGAAUUUAUAUAUGCAGGCAUUUAAUGUUAAUUAAUUUGUUUUUCAUUUAAUGUUGCAACGGGUGGGGGUGUUUUUUGUUGGGUUUUUGUGUUCAGGAUUUUUGGGAAGUCUGUGUACAAAGUUUUGACUCAGGGCUGUUAACAUUUAGAAAUCAAUAGAUACUAUUUAAUGUGAAGCCACUAUUGCAGUAGAAAUAAAUUUGUAAGAUAUAAGUAAAAAAAAAAUAGUUUGAUUGUAAACUUACAACAUGUCCUCACCCGUUUCAUGUUUUCAGCCAAACCAUCUCUGUCAAGAUUGGCAAAAUUUACCUGUGAAGAACUUGGUUGUGAAGGUACAUUUGUGGACCACACGGGCUUCUUCGAUCACUUCCUUUAUCACUACAUCAAGGUUCCCGCCAGAUGUGAUUUUAAUGGCUGUACUGAAACCUUCCACAAUAUGAUCACUCUUUCCAGGCACACCAAGUCUCACUAUGGUUGGUUAUUUCCAUAAGAACUGUUUAGCACCAAGUCUCAUUAUAUGAAUGGUGUUUCAAUGUUUAAAAAUACAACUGAGAUUAUUUCGCUAUUUGUGGUAUUUGUUUUCUAUGUCACUAAAUUGUCAAAAAAUGAUGUGCACAAAUGUGUUUCAUUGUUGAGGGUAAAAUUUGCAUCUGACGAUAUGACUCUUAGCCUGGUAUGUACUGGGAUCAUCAUAAUCAAAUUUGUAGAAAAGAAAAAAUAUUAAUAGCAGCUCAUAAGACAGUGGCUUCUAUCUGGCAAAACAAAAUCUCUAUAGGAAUUAUGAGACCAAUAAGAAAUUUAUUGUCAGAAAUCUUUUUAAAAGAAAAAUUAUAGAAUUAUAUAAUUUUUUAUGAUUUAAACUUUGUAUUGUACUUUUCCGGUACAUGAAAGAAAAGAAAUCAACAAAUUUCUUGUUCAUUUUCUUCUAAUGAUAUCAUAAUGAGCACAAAUUGGCUUCAAUUCAGAUGGCAAGCUCAAGUGUCCUUGGGACGGUUGUGGCAAAUACCUUGCGACGGUCUUCACCGUCAAGAAACACAUGUAUCGUCACAUCAUGAGCGACCCUGCUGUCUCAGCUGGAAGACAGCACUCCUGCAAAAAGUGUUUCAUGAUGUUCAGACGAAAAGAAAACUUUGAUAAUCAUCAAGAGCAGCACAAUGAAAAGCCAGGUAUUUUGUUUCAUAAUAUGCACACCACCUGGUAUUGGAAAACCUAAUAACCUUUUUUAAAUCAGUUUUCUAAUCAAUUCUUUUAUGACAUCAGCAAAAAAUAUGCAUAUUUCCACCUCCAUUUCCACUUCAUAUUUUUAUCAAUGCCCAUUUAGAAAAUAGAGUUGCCACAAAAAAAAAAAUGAAUUUAAAAUCUGCUUGUUUAAAAAUUUUAAUUAUUAGUUUUAUUGGAUAGUACUAGUAGUCAUAUCUUGUAGUUGAAAGAUUAAAAUUUGCUAAAUAAAUUUCGAGGUUAAUUUUAUUGGGGUGGGCAAGAUAAGAAAUCUUUUAAGAGGAACAACGUCUUGUUUUAAAAAGGGAAUUAAUUAAAGAUUUUAUUUUAUGUUUUCAUUUUACCUUACAUGGGUUGUUAUUAGUAAAAUCAUAUUUAAAAGAAAAAAAUCAGAAUUUAUUUAUUUUAAUGGCCACAUUCAGCUGCAGGUUGCUGGCCGUUUCAAUAGAGGAUAAAUUGAAAAUUGGCAUAUAUAUAAGAAUGAGCUAUGGUGACAUAAUGCCAAAAGGGAGAUACUAUUUAAAUACGUUCGGAUUCCUAAAAACAAUCAUAGUUAUUUUAUAAUAUUUUACGGAAAUCGAAUAAAUUUAAAUGCGCAAAAAAUAUUUUAAAUCCACUUUUAUUUUAGUAAACGUUUAAGUAUUAUUAUUAUAAAUUACAAAUACAUUUAAAGUAUCAACUAAGGAACUAUUUUCAGCAUUUUAUAUGUGUUUAAAAGUUAUGAAAAAAUUUUAAAAAAUUAAAAAUCAUGAUCAAAGAAUUACACCGUAAUCAUAUUUAUCGGGAAAACCCAAACAUCAGUCAUUUUUAGUGCGUUGUUAAUAUUGCACAAUAAAAUUUUUAAUUAAUUUGUUCAAAAUAAUCAUGCAAAAGAAGCAAAUGAAGUCAUAGUGUGAAUAGCCUAUUUCGCCAAAACUCUUAGGUUUCUUGAAAUUUAAUAUCCGCGCAUGACAAAACUGAUAAUGUAUUUUCCCUUCAUAAAAGUAAAAAUAAUAAAUACGAUUGAUUGCUUUUUAAAUUAAUAAAACACACACACACACAUUUCAGCUGUGUUUAUUUCAAUAUUUAAAAAGUUUUGCCUUUUUUAUUCCAAAAAUAUACCUUUAUUAAAAGUAUAACGUAAUAAAAACAAACCUUUAAAUAUAAUUCUAAUAAGAAAAUGUGGUUUAAGUCAAAUAGUGCAGCGCAACUCCAUAGCCAAAUAGCAUUGACUAAUCCACUUAAAACUAAAAAAAAACAACAAACGAACCAUAUGAAGUGCAAAUUAUUUUAGUUUGGGUAUGGAAAGGACUACAAUCCGGUGGAAGAGUUUUCUUAAUUUAUUUAAAUCUGUGUGAGGGAGGGGUUGGUUACUUUGCCCCAGGCAGCACAAGAUACGUCUCAAAGUAAAGGAAGGAAUUUGAUAAAUAAUUAACCUUCUUGGGUACAUACAUUUCGGAGGUAGGAAAUAGGAUUUGUACAUUUUCACGUGGAUGACAAUAGAUUUAAAACCUAUGGUAUUACAUUUGGGAAAAAGAGAUGUUACAUUCUCUUUUUACAAAUAUAGGUAUGUUCAUUUUGCCCAAGGCAGCACAAGAUACGUCUCAAAAUAAAGAAAUAAUUUUGAUAAAUAAUUAAUUUUCUUGGGUAAAUACAUGUCGUAGGUAGGAAAUAAGAUUUGUACAUUUUUACUUGGUUGACAACAUAGUUAACUACUAUGGAAUUACAUAUGUGAAUAAAGAGAUGUUACCUUCUCUUUUUACAAAUAUACUUGUUUACCAAUUAAGAAAAUCAAUGGCGUUAACAAAUCUUGGGUACAUUUAUAUAAGUAUACCCAUGAAUAUCAAAACCCAAUCAUUUUACACACUUGAAAAAUUAAUUUUGAAAAAUGGAGAUGCGUUAAUAUUUACUUUCAAAAAAUUAAAAUAUAUUUUUGUCUUUACAUUGCAAAAAUUAAAGAGAUGUGUAUUUUAUGAGAUUAACCAUUUAAAUUUAAAAAACAACACUCAAAUUUGUUAUCGAUGUGAAAAACGGUAGCGUGAUUCUUCUUUAGAUAAACGAAUUUUGUGUUGUACGAUUUUCUGAUAAGAUAUAUUUUUUUUUAAAUGGCAAAAAUGUGUUUAAAUUUUUGCUGAAGAUAUCAAUAUAUAUUGAAUUCCUAUAAUAUAAAAUAUUUUUAUAUCAUAUAUUGAGAUUUUGGUGUAAAUUUAAGGUAAGUUUUUUUAAACAAUUUUUAGAGAAAAAAAUGUGUAAUUCAAAGGCACGAAAAGGGGUAAAUCUAAAGUAUUUCUCUAAUGUAGUAAUUGUCCCUCAAUUAACUUCUUUAGUGACAAAAGUGAUAUAAUUAGUGAUAAUUUAGACUGUGUAAUUUAAGGUUAUGUUUAGAGGGGAAAAAAGUAGUUUAGGAGCGUGAAAGGGAGUAGGGUAGGCCUAUAAUAUAUAGCAGAUAUAUUAUAAAUUUUAAUGAUGUCAGAAACGUAAAUAUCAUUAAAUUUUUUUAAGUUACGAAUUGUGAUGAGUUUUUCUAAUAGCAGUUAGAAAUUAUCUCAAACGACCUACCAUUAUUAUCCGAUAACAUCGGGUCAUUUAUUCUAGUAUAAUAUAAACAAAAGAUCUGCAUCAGAUGCCAUAGUUGUGCCUGCUCAGUGUGAACACCUAAGUGGGAUACUGUUAUCUGUGUCAUGGAUUAUCAAGAGGGAUUCUGCACUGAAAUUUGUGGCUGCAGCAAAUCAGAAGUGUGAACGUACCUCAGGGUUCUGUGUUAAGCAAUAAUGGCCAGUAAAUUGUGUGUUAAUGUACCUCAGGGUUUUCUGUUUGGCAAUAACGGCCAGUAAAUUGUGUGUGAAUGUACCUCAGGGUUCUGUGUUUGGCAAUAAUGGCCAGUAAAUUGUGUGUGAACGUACCUCAGGGUUUUCUGUUUGGCAAUAAUGGCCAGUAAAUUGUGUGUGAAUGUACCUCAGGGUUCUGUGUUUGCCAAUAAUUGCCAGUAAAUGGUGUGUGAACGUACCUCAGGGUUCUGUGUUUGGCAAUAAUGGCCAGUAAAUGGUGUGUUAAUGUACCUCAGGGUUCUGUGUUUGGCAAUAAUGGCCAGUAAAUUUUGUUGCACAUUUAAUUGAAUGAUUUUUUAAUUGACCAGAUUAUGUGUGCCCAACCUGUGGUAAAAAAGGCCGCCACAACCAUCUCAAGUCUCAGAGCCUUGGCAAACCUCGGAAACCCCAAGUGUGCCAACACUGUGGAGCGCGAUAUGCCACCAUCAGUGGUCUUAAAUUUCAUAUGUUGCAGAAACACAAGAUUGGUAGGAAAAGAGCACAUUUUCUUUAGUUUUUUCAAUUUUAUUUCACCAUUUUUAUUUAAUAACAAUUGAAAUUGUUAACAUUUUAUAAUUUAAUUGUCAUACAUGCUAGUUUAUUUCCACAAAUGUAACAAAUUGAAAGAAGCCUAAAUCAUGGCCCCCUACAUUUUUCAGUUAGCAUAAGAAUUCAGAAGAAGAAGUAAAAAGAGGCUAAGAUUUCAGAAGUGUUCAAUAGUUGGAUGCAAUUUUAAAAAUGUAAUCAUUACACUUUAAGUGAGCUUAUCCAUACCAAUAGUAUCCAUGAUACUUCUCAAAUUCUGGGUGUUGAGGGGAAUCCAGGGCAUAUUAAUGCUGUCUGUCUAGGGGUUUGUUACGUGGAAGGGGUUUGUUACGUGGAAGGGGUUUGUUACGUGGAAGGGGUUUGUUAUGUGGAAGGGGUUUGUUACAUGUAAGGGGUUUGUUACAUGGAAGGGGUUUGUUACAUGUAAGGGGUUUGUUACGUGGAAGGGGUUUGUUACGUGGAAGGGGUUUGUUACGUGGAAGGCGUUCAUUGAAACUCAGAAAGAUUUGGGCUGUUUAUGCUGAGGGGUCUAUCCUGCUUAUGGAAAUAAGCCCCCUACAAUGUGUCAACUCACCUGGUGUAUUGUUUGUUUAGGUCUUUGACAUCAGUAUUCCCCUUUAUUGAUUCUCCUUCAUGUGCUGGAGUUGGAUGACAUUUUGUAUGUGACAUCCAUUAUGAGAAAUACUAUUCCAGAAAACAAUUUAAUUUCUGAAUAAUCGGAACUUGAAAACAUUGACUGCUAAUAAAUGUGAGACAUUUCAGUGUUUAUUAUUUCUUAUUUUUGGUAUCAUCAUCAUUUGUGUCCAUUGGUUUAUAAAAUGCUUCCAUUUUGUCCAGGCAAGUGGCCAUUGAAAUGUCGGUUCUGCGGCAAGGGAUUCAUGAGCAGUCGAGAGAUGGAGAGACACAUUCCCACUCACACCAAAGAAAAGCCAUUUGUGUGUCACAUUUGUGGAGCAAGUUUUGCUUCCCACACUGGCCAUAGGGCACAUUUGAGAAAACAUCUGGGUCAGUUUUAAUAACCUCAUUACUCAUCUUGCUUUAUGGCCAACGAUUACCAAUAGUUUAUGAUUAACUUAAUUAUGGCCUCGGAUUGCCAAUAGUUAUUAUAAAGUUAAUUAUGGCUUCUGAUUGCCAAUAGUUUAUUAUAAAGUAUAAAGUUAAAUAUGGCUUCUGGUUGCAAGUAGUUUAUAGUUAAGUUGAUAAUGGCUUCUGAUUGCCAGUAGUUGUUAUAUAAUAAAGUUAAUUAUGGCCUCUGAUUGCCAAUAGUUACUAUAAAGUUAAUUAUGACCUCUGAUUGCGAAUAGUUUAUGAUUUGGUUAAUUCUGUAAUAAAAUAUAACAACCAGUCAGAUAUGUUCAAUACUAGAAAUGUUUUUAUUUUUGUCCAUCAUAGAAAAAAAUUGAGUAAUUUUAUCUUCAAAGUGUUUCUGAAAUGUAUUUAUGUUAAAAAGUGCCAGAUUUUAUUUAGCAUUAGAGAAUAAAAAUUGUAUUCUUUUAGUUGUAUUAAAUUCCCAGGUCAGAAGUAUGAAUGUGACGUGGAUGGUUGUGGCAAAGUCUACACUACAUCAGUGGCUUUAAAGGGUCACAAAGCACAGCAUGCCGGUUUCAGUAAAACAUGUCCUUUUUGUGGCAAGACUUACAAAAACCCUUAUGGACACAAAUGUAAAGCCAGUAGAGACAAAAGGAAAAUAAUUAAAACAGGUAAAUGAAUAUUACAAUAUUCAUGUUUAAAGAUUUCACCUCAUCCCUCUUAUGCACAUGUACACACAUUUAUAUAUUCCUAUGUGUGUUGGUAUUGCUUAACCCUCGAACUGUGGCAUGCAUCAUUCUGUGGUGUGGGGCUUUUCAGAGCUUUUUGAGUUUCUUUUGAAAUUGCAUUAAAUGACAUAGAAAUAUUGAUGCAAGACCCCAAUAAUUAUAUAUUUUUAGAAAGGUAAAUGGAUGGGGAUAAAGUUGGCCGAAUUGCCCACCCCGUAAAAAAAAUUCUGCUCAGUGUCCUUGACCUUGGAAUGCUCAAGAUAAUAAAAAUCGACACAAUGUCUUGCUUUCAAGUGCUCUUAACAUCAUUAAUUUUUUAUAGAUACACUUAAAACACAAAUAUAAAUGUUGUAGCCAAUUCAUUUAUCUUUCAGAAAAUGUAUAGUUUGCUAAGGUUUUGAUUACAAUUAAACCUCUGAAAUCAAUUUUAGUAAUUUUAGGUCAUUUAUAUAAGAAACUGGGACCACAGCUAAAACCAAGUAUAAAAUACAAAAUCUCCGGCUAAAUAGUUAUUAUUGACUAGUAAACAUUUAAAAAGAAACUGUGGAACUGAUUUGGGUUGUUAAAAUAUCAAAUUUAUUAUUUCAGAUCUAUAAUCUUUAGCUUCUGUGACUAAAAUUCAGUCAGUCCUUGCCCAACCUCCGGGCCUGACUCUAAGUCAAACAAUAGCCUCAGUGGGCCUACUUCAGUAUCACUAAGACUAUUAUAAGAUUCACGAAAAGAAGAAUCUGAAGUGAGAUGUCAUGGGGAAUAUUAAAAUCAUAAUCUGUAUCACUUAAAUCCUCUCCUAAAAAGCUUUCAAAAAUAUCUAUAUUAGUUCUCGCACUGAAGGCCCGAGCAAAGCUUCGGCCAUUUUAGCUUUAAAAAAAACAGCGAUAUAAAAUUCGGAUUAAAAAGUAAUUAUUGUUAAGUUAUCAAGAAACAGCUUGACCUGGAAGUUGAUUUAAUUAUUAAUAAAAGGAAGUGGCUAUGAUAUCUGUUAAAUAUUGGAUUGGAAGUUGCUAUCGGACCGUGUUUUUUACCGGCCGAUUUUUUUCUGCCGCCACAGCACAGAACGAGAAUGUCGGCCGAUUUUGCUGGUUCGUCGGCUGACCAAAGUUCGAUGGUUAAAGAGUAUUAAUUUUUUACCUCCAUUAGAAUACAAGUUAUGCUUUGUCUACAAGCCUUCAUCAGUUCAAAACAAAACUACUUGAUUUUAAAUUUUACUCUUUGUAUUGGCUUCUUACUGGAUAAAUAGAAAAAAGAAAAACACAGUUAACGUGCAUACUCAUUUAUAAGCCUGUUGAUUCAUUAGCCCACCCCCUUAAGAGAAAAUCUGAAAUGUAUGUAAUACACUCAUUGGAAAACCAUCAGUCCAUCCCUGUGGUGUUACAGCCCAUCCCAGUGGUGCUACAGCUCAUCCCUGUGGUGUACAGCCCAUCCCAGUGGUGUUACAGCCCAUCCCUGUGGUGUACAGCCCAUCCCAGUGGUGUUAAGCCCAUCCCUGUGGUGCUACAGCCCAUCCCUGUGGUGCUACAGCCCAUCCCUGUGGUGUUACAGCCCAUCCCAGUGGUGUUAACCCCAUCCCAGUGGUGCUACAGCUCAUCCCAGUGGUGUUACAGCCCAUCCCUGUGGUGUUACAGCCCAUCCCUGUGGUGUUACAGCCCAUCCCAGUGGUGUUAAGCCCAUCCCUGUGGUGUUACAGCCCAUCCCUGUGGUGUACAGCCCAUCCCAGUGGUGCUACAGCCCAUCCCAGUGGUGAUACAGCUCAUCCCUGUCGUGUACAGCCCCUCCCAGUGGUGUUACAGCCCAUCCCUGUGGUGUUACAGCCCAUCCCUGUGGUGUACAGCCCAUCCCAGUAGUGUUAAGCCCAUCCCUGUGGUGUUACAGCCCAUCCCUGUGGUGUACAGCCCAUCCCUGUGGUGCUACAGCCCAUCCCAGUGGUGCUAAAGCUCAUCCCUGUGGUGCUACAGCCCAUCCCUGUGGUGCUACAGCCCAUCCCAGUGGUGCUACAGCCCAUCCCUCUGGUGCUACAGCCCAUCCCUGUGGGGCUACAGCCCAUGUAGGGUUUUGGUCUGCCUCACCACUUCCUUCCACUUAGACCUAACUGAUGCUUUUCUUUUCCAUACUUGGAACCCAGCUGCUGUAUAUCCCUCUCCACAUUAUUCAUCCAUCUAAGCCUUUGAGCUGUGUUUCUCUGGGGUUUUGGUAGUGCACCCUCUUCACUCCUCUGUCAUUUGGCAUUCAUUCUAAGUAUCCCACCCAGUGCAGCCUUUCUUUUUCUAUUGGUGCUACCAUCGUGGGAUCUGAUAUCUUCCAUAUAAUUCCUGGUUGGUUUGUAAUCUCUAUCCAUAUUCAUCCUUAUUUUCUCCGUAUAUUUUCCAGAGAACUUUUCUUUCCCAUGUGUUUAAUAGGUUUGCUGCCAUGUUUUUGUUUGUGACUUGCUUAUGUAUUGUUGCAAUAUCCCCUUGUGGUUGGCACUACUGAAAAGUUGGGAAUUUAGACUUAGUUCUUUUUUUUUUUUAAAUUGUAUCAAUGUCCUCUGAACCAGUCACUAAGGCGGUGGCCAUUUCUCCUAUUUAACCUUUUGUGCAUUUAGCCAUGUAAAUCACACUGCCACUUGUUCACGUAAAGACAAGAUUGAUUUUAAAUGCAACCAGUCACGGCCAUAUACGAGUCAUUUCAUAAUUAAAAAUCAACCUUUAACUUUUGGUGUUGGUCCUUCAAAUUAAUUGUUAUUUUACUCUGCUAGGUCAAGAAAGUCAAGGUCAAAGUAUGAGACAGCCAGUGCCUGUGACAGUAUUACCUCAAGCAAUGCAACAGCCCUUUCCUCCCCAACUGCAGUCAUUACAAAUUCCACAGCAACAGAUUGUCCAAGAUCCAGUGGUUACCUCUGUCCAACAUACCAUCAUCAUUCCUCAACAAGUGGUCACUCACAACAUGGACACUCAGCAGACCACCCGCUCCCUCAUGACUGCCAACACACUCAACCAGUCCCAUCUCAUGCAGCAGAACUUGACUCAGGUCAUCCCCCAAGGCAUGACGCAUGGCAUUCACCACGGUGGACCCCAUCAAAACAUCAUGCAGGACAGGGGUCAGCCCAUGGACAUGACAAGGGGGAACUCAAUGGACAUGACCGACUAUGCUUACAAUAACUACGUUGUGUUCUGGGAUAGUCAAAAUUUAUAAAAGAUGAGAUAGGAAUUAGUUGUUACAUACAGCAUUCUACACUCACGAGAUGCCAAACUUCUCAGGCAAAUGCAAGGAACUGAAGUUAUGGAAAAUGCCACGGCCAAAAUUAAAUUAUCAAAUAUGAUUUCUUCUCGAAAUUUUGGAAUAAAAAAGUAAUCUUUUAAAUGUGUGAAGUCAUUGGUGCCGACAUGUGUGCAAUGUCCUACAUAUUAAAUAAACACAUUUU